AGCAAUGGCGACGGCUGAGACGAAAAUGUAGCCCGUUGUUUCAUGCGAGUCUCAACCAUACAGCGUCACGACAGUAGGUUUUGAAAAGGGGGUACAGUGGCUCCACAAUAGACUGAUGGAGGGUCAUCCCAUAGAGGCAGCUUUGCCACUGGCACAGACAGUUGUUUCGCCUGUACUGCAGAGCUCCUCCUCGGGUGGUCUCUGUGCCAAACCCAGGGACCGGAUGAAGACUCCAGCAUUCCUGUCCAACCUGGGGAAGCCCACCCUGCGAGGCAUCCGCAAGUGUCCUCAGUGCGGCAUCUACAAUGGCACCAGGGGCCUCAGCUGCAAGAACAAGGCCUGUGGCGCCGUCUUCCGGGACGGCACGGCGGCUGGAACUCGCCGCUCGGCAAAGAAGGCAGGUGGAGGAGGCUCCGAGGUGGUGAGGAUUGUGACAGAUGGAGGUGGAGGAGGAGGAGAUGGUGGUGCGUUUGUGGACGGUGGAAGUGGGGGGUCGUCAUCGUCCUCCUUGUCCUCUGCGCCGUGUGCGCCGCAGGUGUUCUCGCUGCGCCAGCGUGGCCGGGGCCCGGAGCAGCGAGGCUUCGUGGAGCUGACCCUCACGGACACGGCCAUUGCCACCACCGACGGCACGUUGCUCACCCGCCUCAGCCUUGGACGCUGCUUCCUGCCCGCCUGCCGACGGCAACAACAACAACAACAACAACAACAACAACAACAACAGCAGCAGCAGGGCCAACGAGGCGUGGCCUCCUCUUCCUCUCCCCCUUCUUCCUCGUCCUCUCCACCACAGGCAUCUGACAGCCCCUGUGGCCACGUUCGGCAGGCCAUGGAGUGUCCCGCGGGCCAGGUGGCCACGCCGCUCCCGCUCAAGAGCUCCGUGUUGGACGAGCUGCCCGUCCCAGCCCAGACCCGGCAGGAGCUUUGGCGUCUGGCCACAGACACCCCGGGGCCCCUGGUGCAGCGCGUCUCGCGGAGCUCGCUGGUGGUCAAGUGUCAUGUGACUGAGACCCAGGCGCUGGGGCUGUUGCACUGCACUGUGGGAGGUGCUGGGGCGAAGAGCGAGAGUGGUGGAGUGGUGUUUCGGUGUUCGUGUCAACAUGGUGGUGGUGGCGGCGGCGGCGGUGGUGGUGUAGGGGGCAGAGGAGCCCCAGGGACGAGGGGCAACAACCUGGGCAGUUUGGGUUCCUCUGACGAUAAAGAGACAGCAUUGGCGGACAUUUCACCCCUCUCGGCCGAAGGAACCACACAAUGCUUGCACUUCUACGCCUGUGUCUGUGCCUUUGCAAGUGAUGAUAAACUUGCUGUGGAAUUCGCCCAUUUCCUUAGCUACAGUUCAAAUGGGCUGGAGGUGAGCAUUGGCUCCUCAGCGCUCUGUGCCUCUGAUACCCAGCCAGUUCCUGAGCCAAUCACGCCACACAGAACAAAGAGACUGAAAGCAGAGGAGCCAAUCACAGUGGCCGGUCCCACUCUGGCUAUCAGGGAGGCCAGUGCUCCGGCCCUUGGCCCCCGCAAGCCCAGCAGCCGGAGACAGGCUCUCACCAUUGGGCACAAGACCCCAGCAGGGAAUAACCAGCCUGUGGACGAGGCCCAUGUCUCCUUACCAUUUCAACAGUGGCUAGCCAGCGUCAAUGAGAAGAUCCAGCAGUCCAUGCACUACCAAUUUAAUGGGAAGCCGGAGCCUUUGGUUUUCCACAUCCCGCAGUCCUUCUUCAACGCCCUGCAGCAGCGUCUCUCCCUGGGGAGUAAAAAGAGGCGACUCCCCAACUCCACCACCGCAUUUGUCCGCCAGGAUGCCCUUCCUCUGGGCUCGUUCUCCAAGUACACCUGGCACAUCACCAAUCUCAUGCACGUCAAGCAGAUCUUUGAUACACCUGAGCUGCCCUUAAAGCUGACACAGAGUUUUGUGAGAAACAGCGAUGGGUCCUACUCGCCCUUCACCUGUCCCGAGGUGCCCGCCGAACCCCUGGCAGAAGCGUUCGGCCGGACAGAUCGGCCCCAGGCCAUCCGACCCCUCGAGCUGAACACCUUUCUCAAAGUGGGCAUCUGUUCUGCAGGGCAGAAGGAGCCAACACCCUUCGUGAUCGAGUGGAUCCCUGAUAUUCUGCCCCGCUCAAGGGUGGGUGAACUGCGACUUCGCUUCGAGUAUGGACACCAACCCACUAGCCCCACGGAGCACUGAGAGUAUAUGGCCACAUUACAGAACACUGGUCGGACACAAACAAAAGCUCAUAAACUCAAAUGUGGUUUCACACAGUGCAAAGUUUUUCAAGCUCGACCACUGUAUGCAGGAAUUUGUUGAGCUGGAGUGGCUAAGUAUAACCACAAGGGGUGGUAUUUCCCAGAACCUUUGCUGGUGUAUGUCGAGUGGAUGUAUUUUGCUCUAAAAUUUACUGGAGAGAUCUACAUGGGUGGAAUCAAUGUAUGGUACCUUAUUUAAAAUGAACUCAUUAUUGACGCCUUCGGCAUGUUUUAGCUUUAAUGACUGCAUGUACUCAUCUCUCUAAUUUUAAUUAGUUGAAGGGUACAAAGAGUGUUUCUGCCAGAAUGUAAACAUGCAGGUUCAUGUAAUACUUUUAUGGUUCCUUUUUCAGUUUUAUAUGUACCGUGCUUCAGCUAUGAAUUUGCUAAUAUAAAUUUCUGCCUUUUUGUGCCUAUGGACAUUUUCCUACCACACACAGCAUAUGCUAAGUCGAUUGUCAAAGUGAAUUAGGCUGGGUGAACCUUGCCUGACCUGCCGACGAAUUUGGAUUUUGCCCGGCAGCUCUGGCUGGAAACCUGCACAUCUAUCUCACCUGCUUCCUAUCCACAACCUUUUGGUCCAAUCACAAACUAGCUUGUCCAGAAGACGCAUCGGAUCGUUGGUCUGACUGGUUGAAGGACUAUCCAAGUGUACGGAGUCCUUUGAAUGAUGCCCAUUGAUCACGCCUCUUGUGCUUGUGCAGUAGAAAUAAAGCGCAGACUCCCCAUACUAAUGUUUAAUCUUAAAUGAUUGAGCUCAGUAUGGUGAUAGCCAGAAUAAA